CCCUCGGCAUGAUGCAAUGUGCAUUGGACCAAUCAAAACGAAGCCAUCUAUGAAUUAAACACGCUGCGCUCGCCAGUCCGUCAGACAGCGACAAACCGCCUCCUUAUCUCACAUAAAUCACUCUUUGCUUCUCCACCUGUUGACUCAUCAUGUCUAAAGGUACGGUGGUUCUGGCCUACAGCGGGGGACUGGACACGUCCUGUAUUCUGGUCUGGCUGAAGGAACAGGGCUACGAUGUGAUCGCCUUCUUGGCCAACAUUGGACAGGAGGAAGAUUUUGAAGCUGCCAAGAAAAAGGCAGUAGAUCUUGGCGCAAAGAAGGUUUUUAUUGAAGACCUGCGUUCCGAGUUCGUGGAGGACUUCAUCUGGCCCGCGGUUCAGGCCAACGCCGUCUAUGAGGACCGGUACCUGCUGGGCACCGCCGUAGCGCGGCCCUGCAUCGGACGCCGGCAGGUGGAGAUCGCUCGCAAGGAGGGCGCCCAGUUUGUCUCCCACGGUGCCACAGGGAAGGGCAAUGACCAGAUACGCUUUGAGCUCACGUGCUAUGCCCUCUACCCUGAAGUUAAAAUCAUUGCACCGUGGAGGAUCCCUGAAUUCUAUAACCGCUUCCAGGGGAGAAAGGACCUGAUGGAAUAUGCACAGAAACGUGGCAUCCCCGUGCCGGUCACUCCGCAGGCCCCCUGGAGCAUGGACGCCAACCUCAUGCACAUAAGUUAUGAGUCCGGCAUCCUGGAAAAUCCCAAGAGCCAUGGUCCGGCUGACCUGUACCUGAUGACCAAGAACCCCGAGGAUGCUCCCAACACCCCCGAUGUCCUGGAGAUAGAGUUCACAAACGGAGUGCCUGUAAAGGUGACUAAUAUUAAGGAAGGCCAAUCCAAGGACUCACCGCUGGAAAUCUUCUCCUACCUCAAUGAGAUUGGUGGAAAGCAUGGUGUGGGCCGGAUUGACAUUGUAGAGAACCGCUCCAUUGGCAUGAAAUCCAGAGGUAUAUAUGAAACCCCGGGAGGCACGAUUCUGUUCAAGGCCCAUUUAGACAUUGAGACCUUUACCAUGGACAAAGAAGUGCGUCGGAUCAAACAGGCACUGAGCAUCAAGUUCUCCGAAUUCAUCUACAACGGAUUCUGGUACAGUCCAGAGUGCGAUUUUGUGCGUCACUGCAUAACCAAGUCCCAGGAGAACGUGCAGGGCAGAGUACAGCUGUCCGUCUUCAAGGGUCAGGUCUACAUCCUUGGACGGGAGUCGCCCAAGUCCCUUUACAACGAGGAGUUGGUCAGCAUGGACGUGCAGGGAGACUACGACCCAUGUGACGCCUCUGGAUUCAUCAGGAUCAACGCCGUCAGGCUGAGGGAACACCAUCGCUUGCAGAGCCUCGCCGAUAACAAGCAGUAACUGUCGCAGUCCUGUCAAUCCUAUUUCUUUCUUCCCUUCCCGUUGUGUCUUAAGAAGCCGCAGCAGGAUUAUUAAAUUGUGUGCCUCCGUUGCCACUGUUAGUUAUAUUUAGAGUACUCGGCACACUAUUUGGAGGGAGAAAGGUGUAUUUAGAAAUGUGGGUUGGGAUUGUAAAAGUAUGUAUUUCGUAAUAUUUUCUCAGUCUUAGCAUCUGUAGGUCUGCACAAGUAUUCCAACUGAAUUCUUUGACAGAAAUAAAAUGUGAAGUGAA